AUGGGUCUGCGCGAGUCGCCCUACUCCAGCUGUGUCCUGGGGGCCAUGGACUCUGUGCUGCGACACAUCCUCUUCCCCAGCUAUUGGCUGGUGAACCAGCUGCUGGCCUUGCAGCAGACCACCCAGGAAAAGCAAGAACACCAGCACGGCCUGCCCUAUGCCCUGGAGGCGGCAGGCAAGGGGGUCGUCUUGGUGCCCCUGCUGCUCCUCUCUGCCCCUUUCUCGCUGCUGGCCUUCCUGCUGUGGCUGCCCCUGCAGGCUGCCCGCCGCCCCUUUGCCUACCAACACACGCCGAACCAGGCCCCGCCAGAGCCGUGGGUGCUCCCCGGCCCGGCAAAGACCUUCAGUGUGGUCAGCGGCAACCUCUGCCUGCUUCCCGUUGGCUUGGCCAAGUUCAGCAACCUGUCGCGGACGCAGUGGCGUGCCAAGCACAUCGGCCAUGCGCUGGCGCGGGCGGCCUCCGGCUCCCCACCGUCUCACGAGCCAGGCCCCCGGGGGGACUUCCAGAUUGGCUUCAGCCCCUCGGCCGGGAGGAAGUAUGGGUCCAUGGAGGCCAGCCCCCCACGGUCCGGCCAGGGCUCCCCUCAGCUCAGCGGGGAUGUGAUGCUGGAGGUGCCCCUCGAAGAGGAAGGAGCGGCUGCCGGGUCGCCCGCAGAGAUCACGGCCCACUUCCCCCCCUACGCGGACGUUGUGUGUCUGCAGGAGGUCUUUGACCGGCAGGCCUCGGGGCAGGUGCGCCAUUUCCUCGCCCCCUGCUAUGAGCACAUCAUCUACGAUGUGGGCACCCUCGGGGUGGUGGGCUGCUCGGCCCUGAAGCUCCUGAAUAGCGGGCUCUUCCUGGCCAGCCGCUACCCAGUCCUGGCCGUGCAGUACCACUGCUACCCCAACGGCACUGGCGAGGACGCCUUCAGCGCCAAAGGGCUGCUCUGUGUGCAGGUGAGAGGCGGGGGGGCAGGCUCCUUGGCUUGCUUGCUUGUUUAUUUACAACAAUAUUUCCAUACCGCUAUGUCAUAGAAAUAUAUCAUAAACAUAAAAACAAGUUGAAAGCAAAAGAAUUAACAGCAAACAUCAGUAGACCAUUGUGGGCGAUGUUCUCUCAACUGCCUACAUAGGUCUGGCGGAAUAGAAAAAUUUUCGGCAGGUAUUUAAAAGUUGAAACAGAAGGUGCCUGCUGAAUCUCUGGUGGCAGGGAGUUCCACAGGACUGGCCCAUGACACGAAAGGCUCAGUAUCUUGUUGUCAGACAAGCCUUGCCAACUCCCCCAACGACACUGCAGAUGAUCUCAGUAACCAAGCCGGGAUAUGAGGGUUCAGACAGGACCCUAGUUGUUCAGGGAUUUGUAAAUUAAUGCAAUAAACUUGAUUUCUGGGGUUGGACUAGAUGACCCUUGGGGGUUCCUUCCCACUCUACACUAGACAGACCUACAUUUGGCUUCUGAAAAGGCAGCCCCCCAUGUUGCUCUCUUGUGGGGUGUUUCUGUAACCGAAGGAGGGAAGCCCUCCUGUUGCCUGCCUGCCUCUUCUCCCCUCCCUCCUAAAAGCAGGACUCCUGCUUCUCAUUUAUGGGACCCACAGCUAAUGCUGAACCCUAGCAAUGCCCCCCUCAAACUCGCUGGCACAGAAGGAAAUGACAUGGGAGGGGCCAUUUCACUUCCGGAGGGCUGAACUGGGUGCUGAAGGGCUGCUGCUGCUGUGCCUGCUGCCCCCAGGCAGUCCUGGGAGCACUAGGCAGCCUUGAGGGUGCUGUUGCGUUGGCAGGAGUCUUUGCUAAGGAAGGUUGGCAGUGCUGUGCCCUUGCUGCUGCUCCUGUACUCCCCGUGCCAGCAGGGACGUGGCUGGAUUAGGAGCAGCCACCUCCAAAGAGAGCUUGUCACUUUGCUGCCAUUUUCUGAUCUGCAUGGGAACCCAGAACCGGGAGGGGAGGCGAGGGAGCAAAGAGAUUGCCUGGGGAGCAGCCCACGCUCCCUUGGAUCCGCUGCAGGGCUUCUCUCUGUGCAUUUAAAGCACAUGGCUUCCCGCAGAGAAUUCCGGGAACUGGUUUACCCCCUCAGAGAGCUACAGUUCUCAGCACCCUUAACAGAUUACGGCUGUGAAGCCAUACGCUUCAAACAUACGUUGUGCGUGCAGCCGAAGAUUAGAGAGUCCUUGAGCGUGGGUGGGGGUGCUUCCUCUUGCAGCUGGGCAACCACAUUGAGGUCUCCUGAUUUCAUGGCAACCCUCCUCCCUGCCUGGAAAUGGAUCUCUGUGCUCAGCAGGUGCCCUCGGGAGGCGCAGAGCCAGCACCACUGGGGCCCAGCAGCAGAUUGGGUCUCCUAGCCGAGCACCAAGAACUGGUAUCACCCCACGCCCCGCCUCACACCCUAAAGACCCAUUCCAGAGAAAAAAUUCUCCACUGGUCCGAAGAUUUCCUAGCCCUGCCCUCCACAUGCCUCCCUGCCCGAAAUCAAAAUCACUCUUGUUUGUCCAAGAUUUGCACUUUCUCCAGCCCUUGGCAAACAUUAACUGGAAGACCAAGCUGAACCUGAUCAGAAACUUGCUCCAGUGUGCGAGUGCAAGUGUGCGGGUGCACGCUUGCAGGUGUGGAAGCUGCAAAAGGAAAAGUGGUUCUGUUUCCUGCCUUUGGGGGGUGUUUGGGGUUCCCUUACAGCAGCCCCAGAGUUAGCAAAAGGCGCAUUUGAGUGAGGGUCCUCAGAAGCAUGGCAGGGGGCGGGGGACAACGACAACAACUGCCUGUGCCUUCUGCAGAUUCUGCCCUCAUUUAGAGGCGGGAGUUGUUUUCCAGGAGGUCUGUAAGGGGGUCUCCUGGGGGCUGGAGAAUGGACCAAGAUGGUCUCGGGGCUGCUUGCUGGAAUCUGUUUUCUCCCUGGAGUGCCUCCCCUUAGAAGGUUUCCCUUGGUGAUGCUUGACCUGCCAUGUUUCCUGUGUGUCUCAGGUGCAACUGGGAGCUUCUCAAGGGCAAAGGAUUGUGGGGUACCUGAACUGCACCCACAUGCACGCUCCAGAAGGUAAGUGAAGGAUGGGGAGAGGGUGUCUUCUCCCUCUCUGACAUGACGCUAUAUAUAACAUACCUUGUGGACAUCCAGCGAAGCCGCAUGUUGGAAGACGGUUUGAGCAUCUCACACUGAUCCUGCUCCGACUGCACUGGCUACCCAUUAGUUUCCGGGCCCAAUUCAAAGUGCUGGUUUUGACCUAUAAAGCCUUAAACAGCUCAGGACCGCAAUACCUCAAGGACCGCCUCUUCCCAUAUGAACCUACCCGGACCUUGAGAUCAACUUCUGAGGCCCUCCUUUGUGUGCCCCCUUCUCGAGAGGUUCGGAGGGUGGCAACACAAAAACAGGGCCUUCUCUGCAGUGGCUCCCCAUCUGUGAGGUGCUCUCCCCAGGGAAGUUUUCCUGGCACCUACAUUAUAUACCUUCAUUAUAUACCUUUAGGCACCAGGCAAAAACGUUCCCCUUUAACCAGGCUUUUGGUUGAUUUUUUAAAAUGUGUUGGGGGUUAUUGGGUUGUUGUUUUUAUUUUGAUUAUGUACUUUUUGAAUUUUAUAUUCUGGUUUUAUCCUGUGAACUGCCCUGAGACCUGUGGGUGUAGGGCAGUAUAUAAAUUAAAUUAAUAAUUAUAAUAAUAAUAAUUAUAUUAAUUCAGGAUGGAUAAAAGAAAGUCCUCCUUCACGCAGAGCAGAGUUCAGCUAUGGCGCUCGCUUCCCCAGGAGGCAGCAAGAGGCACCAACGUGGACCAUAGGCCUGACCCAGCAGGCUCUGAGGGUCUUGUGUGCUCCCCUGGCCGCCUCCUUCUGCUGCCCUCUUGCUCUGCUCUCCCCACAUCCCGGCAGGAGAGGGAGGGUCCGCCAGCCCUCUCCAGGGGAGCUCUGGCCUCUCCACCCCACCCCCUGCUUGCUGUGCCCUCUUGGGCUGACGCCUCCUCCCACUUUCUCCCAGCUGACAACCAGGUCCGGUGCGACCAGCUGACUCUGAGUCUGCUUUGGGCCCAGCAAUUCCAGGAUGCAAAUGCUCAGCCCGGGGACAUUGUGGCCUUCAACAUCUACUGUGGGGACCUCAACUUUGACAACUGCUCAACAGGUAUGCAGGUGGGGUUCCUGGAGGGGGCAGGCGAGGGGUGUGUGUCUGAGGAUUCCCCCUCACCUGCCGUCCUCCCUCCCUGCUCCUUUCUUCACAGGGGAUGCGUUGGAGCAAGUGCAUGAGAUCUUCAACGUCUACACGGAUCCGUGCCGCAUCGGACCCCGGAAGGACAAGCCUUGGGCUAUCGGUGGGUUUCUGCCCCCACACAGCAUGCCUGCCCCACCUUGGCCUUGCCUCUGCUUCUAGACCUUCCUGCGCUCUGCCCUGUGGCGCAAGGAUGGGUUUUUCUCUCUGUGCUCUGCUGUUGGGCAGAGGCCAGGUGUUUCUGCGGGGGGGGGGGGCAGGUAGAGGGGCAUCAUGGGAAGUCAGAUGGGGGUGGGCUGUGCUGCUGGCCUCUUCUCUUCCCAACUCUCCAGCUAGCCUUGUAGGGCAGCCCCCCAAGCAUGAACAGGUGGGGGGAGAGUGCAAAAAUGCCACACCUUGAACUGACAACUGUCCCUCCCCCCCACAGGCACCCUGAUGAAUUACCUGAAGAUCUAUAGCAAGGCUGUGUCGACCCCAAAGCGCAUGCAGAGGUGAGGGGCUGAACUGGGCUGGGGGGGUUCCUUCCAUGGCAGGAUUGCUGGACUUGGCAGAGCUGGGGGUGGCAGCUGCUAUCUUCCUUUGCUGGGGGGCGGGCAGCGGCAAAAUUGACAGGAUAAAAUUUGGGUUUUGCAGGGGGAGGGGGACUUUGCACAUGGUCUUUUCCAUGUUGAGCUGGGCCCCCUCCCUAUAGGAGGAGUGGGGGGAAAGCCCUCUGAAGAAGAGCAAGGUGCUGGGUGGGCUUUUCUGGGGGCGCUUGCAGUGGACCAUCAGCAUGAGGUGUCCCAGUGUGGGACCCCACCGGAGGGGCUGCCCUGCGACCCACAGCUCCUUCCUGCUGGACUCGUCUUUCCGUUGCCUUGCAGAACCCUCACAGAGCCCAAGGGGCGGAGGAAGUACCUGGCCGGCCCCAUCACGAAGGAUGGGACCCCCGACCCCUCGGUGACCUCGAGCGAGGGGCGGCGCAUUGACUACAUCCUUUACCGGGAGCACCUCAACCCCCUGGAGCUGAAAACGGUGAGUCAGAGGCUACAAGUGCGCAGUGCCCUGGGGGGGCCCUUAAAUGCUCUCUUGCUCAUGAACUGAGGAGGUGGGUGUUGCAGGGGUGCCCAAGAGGCUCCUGCCUCUGGGCUCGCUCUCCUCUCUGCCCUCAUGGUCUCUCUCCGCUCCCCCCCCCCUUGCUUCCAGGCUGUGGAGAAGUUCUUCUUCAUCACUCGCCUGGCCACCUUCUCAGACCACCUGCCAGUGGGCCUGCAGCUUCGCCUGACAACACAGCCAGAAGUGUGA